UUAUUUUGAGCAUAAAAUUUAGAAGCCGUAGGGCAGUUUAGGGAGUUGGUUCAAUCCAUCGGCAGAAGUAAGAAAGAAAAAAGGGGGAGAAAAUUCAAUCGCCAACAAAUCCAAAGCCAGAACAAGAAAUCAGAAAACCAGACACCAAAUUCCGCUCUCUUUCUUCUCAACAUCUCCAUCUCUCUCUGUGAUUCGAUCGAUUCGGUCGUUGCAGUGUGGAGAUGCGCUUCUUCAGGAGGAUUGCAGGAAUUCUAGGGUUUGCCAAGGACGAUUCUCAUGACCUCAAGAACGAAGACGAAGAUGUUGAUUCUGAUAACCAGCCUUCCAAUCGGGUUCAUAUGCAGGAAACUGGUCUUCCUCGGAGGGGCUUCAGCGUUCCGGUCCAGGUCGCUGUUAAUCGGCCGCAGCCCGGCCCUAUUCUUGUUCCCUCUAGUUCCGGCGAUGGUGGAGUUCAGGGUUUGAAAUGGUAUGCUAAUCGUCUCCGGGUUGAUGAAGAUGGAGAUGUAGCUGAACAGUUCCUCGAUGAAGUCUUACCUGAGAUGCCAACCAGUACUACAGACCACCCCAAGUCAUUUCCAAGAUUUCAGGUGAAUAGUAGAAAUAGGCCAGCCAAAGUAGAGAACCAGGUUAUAUUGCAGGAGGGUAAACUUCAACAGUGUAUUAAACAUCAAGGUAGAUUGCAAUGGGUAUGAAAAAAAACCCAAAAAAACGAUCCCUUCAGGCGAUGGUGGGUCAAGGUUCAUUCUUUUAGUUUGUUACAUAUGGUGAAUUUAUGAGGACCAUCUGUCUCAUCUUGAUGACAAAAAAAGAACAUUGCUUAGAGUACAGAAGCUUGCAUCAACUAUAAUAAAAGGGGUCUAUAUAUUAGAGGCUUUGGUGGAUAACACGGCUCUUUCCCAAGUGUUAUAAUUGUACUGCUGAUCAUUGAAAACGCCCAGAUGGACACACAGGAAUUCAGAAAGGGCACUAACACAUUAACCAUUUGAAUGUUAAAACUUGAAGGUGUUGUUUAAUCUCUCUCUCCCCUUCUUCUUCUUCUUCACUUGUCAUUUUGGGGGGUUGCAUUUAUGGAGUCCCAGAUUGUGUAUUAGUUGUGAGUGAUUGGUAUUUUUUUAGUAUAGUCAGCUUUUGGUGAAGUGUGAAUCUAUGGAUAUGAAGAUGGAACUUUAAAGUGCACCAAAAUGUUUAUUAUGUGUGUUGAAACAAUUCAAAGUCAAUUAUUUGAUUCUGACUUUCAUUA